UGCACCGCUGUGGGUCACAGCAUGCGUGAGAUCUGCGCUCCUCUCACAGACAUGGCGAGGCGUCGGCGCGAGAAGAAGCGGCGGCGACGCGGCCCGCACCCCUGAGGCCCGACGCGUAGCGUCUCGAAUGGCACAGCGACGCCGGGCGAGCAUGGUCAUUGCAGAUGCAAGUUGCAAGCGUAUGCAACAGCACCACAGGAUGGGGAUCCUCACCUCUCUUCACUGGGCGCAGAACCGCCAGGCUCUGCCGUUGGUGCAGAUACAAUGUGCCAGAGCGCAGCAGUUCCCGGCGACGCGUACUCGCACAUGCACGGCCCUGCUGGCGGCUGGAUGCUCCGCGAGCCGCUCUGCCGGCUGCUCAGCUCUGCUUGUGCUUCGCACGCCAGCUCACCCGACGGCCGUCUGCUCAAGGAUCGGUCGAGCAUUGUGCCGUCCUUGUGGCUGCAACUGCAGACAGCUGCGGCAAGGGUGCUGGGUGCUGCGCCCCGCCCGCACGCGCGCAGCUUUGUCGCGGAGGCGCAUGCACGCCUUCUCGUCGCAGCAUCCUAUCAGCCGCAGCUGCAGCUGCAGCCCAGACGGAGCUCGCAUGCAGGAUGCUGCGGCAUGCUUAUGAGGGCGACGCUUGGCCGUCGGCCGGCCGUUGGUCCUGUGCAGCCGGUGCUGCGGCAAGGAUGUGCUUUCCUGCGUGGCGCUUGGGCGCAGCGCGCUGCCGCCACGGGCGCCGUGCAGCGAGCGAGGCAAGGAGCCAUGGCGUCCACUCCAGCCGCAGCCUCGCCGCCAGCGACAGCCGCUUGCUUCUCCUUGCCGGAGAAAAGGGAGGUGCAAAGCCCACUCCCCGGCAGCGACGCGCUGUGUCUCCGUCGGACGCUCUCCGGCUCGCAAGGGUGCGCGUCCAGCACCGACAAGGAAGCCGAGCCGGGCGUGGGCGUUGCGCGCGGUAGACUCUGGACUUGAACGUAGAGACUGUACGGCUC